AUGGGCAGGACACACAAUUCUUCUGGAAACAAUCAGUAUAAACCAUGCUCACCAGACAAUUUGAUCAAGGAUCAUCUCUGCCUUUACUUUUCGAUUGGAAGGAGUGAUGUUGAGAUUGUAGACCUCUUAAAAAGCCAUUAUGAUACACAGCACUACAGGAUGAGAUCUGUUAUUUCAGUGCAUCUUCAUGAAACUGAGGAAGGCAAGGAUCAGCAUGAUAAGUGGGGCCCCCGCUUUGGCUUGUGGUUCCACAACAGCCUAGAUGCAAUGUCAGCAUGGAACAAUUGGCUCAAAGUUUGGUGGACGAACUCAAACCCACGACUGAUUGCAAAGUAUUUUUUGGAUUGCUGCCACGAAAUGAAAGGGGUUCCCAUGAUGACCCAAUCCGAUCCUGGAACAGAAAACAAUGGGGUCGCUAAUAUCCAAACUACAAUUCGUCACAGGCUUGAUCCAUCUCUUUGUGACACUUUACAGCAUCGGUUUAUGCGAAAGAAGAACAAUGUCAAAUCUGAGGCAAAUUGGUCAAUUUUCUGCCAUGAUUUUGCACCUGGGUUUGAAACAAUUCUAGAAGAUGCUGAAUUCACCUUUUCUACUGUUAGCCUUGUAUUUCGGUGGCUUGCCAUCCCAUGGAUUCAGGCUGAACUUGAUAGCUGGGUUUUCCAGUGCAACUUUACUGCUCCUCGUGCAGACAAAAAUAAAAUACUUCCCCAUGGUGUUCCUGCCCUCAUUCGCUCUAAUCCCAGUCGGUUUGGCAGUUUGGAUUUCAAGAUUCUGGUUCCAGAUCAUCUCUUUGAUGAAAUGGAGGCAAAAUAUGCACCCCCAGAUCACCCAGUCUUUCAACUCACACCAGAACCAUUUGAUCAGCGGGCAAACAUCUAUUAUGAAAGCAUGGGUUGCCCACAAGUAAACUUGAGUACCUUCUGGACAGUGUAUCAAGAUCUCCUUCAGCAGUUCCAAUCUGGACCUACUGGCGAUGAACUUGAAGAAUUAUUAGGCAGCCUUCACAUUACAACAGAGCAAAUUUCACAAGGCGAUUUGAUUGAAGUUCUUCCUCUCAAAAAGCUUCAUGCAGGUGAUAGAAUGGUGGGGGUGAUUGAGGGUACCAUCGCUGUUGGAUCCUUUUCUGCUCCUAUGACAGACUCAAGCAGCGAAUCUGAUACUGAGGAGUCUGAGUGA